UGUAGGGCGCCCUCAGCCAUCGUCGUCAAACUUGGUCAUCAUGGCGGACGCACGGGAGAAAGCGAUCCAAGAUUAUCGUAAAAAAUUACUCGAACACAAAGAGUUAGAUGCUCGUUUGAAAGAAAUGCGUGAGCAAUGUAAAGAGCUGACCAAGAAUUAUGACAAGUCAGAGAACGAUUUGAAGGCACUGCAGAGUGUUGGCCAGAUUGUUGGAGAGGUUCUUAAACAACUGACAGAAGAAAAGUUUAUCGUGAAGGCCACCAACGGUCCCCGCUAUGUCGUGGGAUGUCGGCGAGGCAUCGACAAGAUCAAAUUGAAGCAAGGCACGAGGGUAGCCCUGGACAUGACGACACUAACAAUCAUGAGAUAUCUGCCUAGAGAAGUUGAUCCGAUGGUGUACAACAUGUCCCAUGAAGAUCCAGGCAACAUAUCCUACUCGGCCAUUGGUGGUUUGUCCGAGCAGAUCAGAGAACUUAGAGAGGUCAUUGAGCUGCCUCUCUUGAACCCGGAGCUGUUCCAACGAGUGGGCAUCACCCCUCCGAAAGGCUGUCUACUGUAUGGAGCACCAGGUACUGGCAAGACACUUCUAGCCAGAGCAGUAGCUAGUCAGCUGGAUGCUAAUUUCUUAAAGGUUGUGUCUAGCGCCAUCGUAGACAAAUACAUCGGUGAGAGUGCCCGACUGAUCCGCGAGAUGUUUGCCUACGCCAGAGACCACCAGCCCUGCGUCAUCUUCAUGGAUGAGAUUGACGCCAUCGGAGGACGGCGGUUCUCAGAAGGGACGUCGGCCGACAGGGAAAUCCAGAGAACACUUAUGGAGUUGUUGAAUCAGAUGGACGGCUUUGACACGUUAGGGAAAGUGAAGAUCAUCAUGGCUACUAACAGACCCGACACGUUAGACCCCGCACUGCUUAGACCCGGAAGGCUAGAUAGGAAGAUAGAAAUCCCCCUGCCGAAUGAGCAGGCUCGUCUUGAUAUUUUAAAGAUCCACGCGGCGCCCAUCACCAAGCAUGGAGAUAUUGACUUUGAAGCAGUUGUCAAGUUAUCGGACGGUUUCAAUGGCGCAGAUCUUAGAAACGUUUGCACAGAGGCGGGUAUGUUUGCGAUCCGUGCUGAGCGAGAGUACGUACUAGACGAGGAUUUCAUGAAAGCUGUCAGGAAGGUGUCAGAGGGCAAGAAACUGGAGACCAAGCUGGACUACAAGCCAGUCUAAUUUACAAACACACCGCCUCGUUCCCCCCCCCCCCCCCCCCACAAAAAAAAUGAAUAAAUAAAUAAAUGAAACAAAGCUUAAAAGGUGAUUGACCAGUCUUCAUUUGUUAACAGAUAUAUAAGCUUCGCCACCUUGGUAAAAUGAACUCUUUAGUUUUGAAAGGGACUUUAAGUUAUUAUCGGUGGGAUUCUAAAUUUCACACAGACAGACAGAACCACAAAUAUUAAUCCUUUAUGGAAAGGAUUUUUGGGUUUGACUAAGAGGGAACAAAUCAUCAGGUUCACCGUGAAGUGACGCAUUGUCUAUGGACUUCACACGAUAUGUCAGUUUGUGGUGCGACCAGUGAAAUAUAUAUUUUGAAAAUUGAAAAUGUCGGAGUUAUAAAGUUACACACAUUGUUAUUAACCAUUUGUGUGUGUGUGUGUGUACCUUGCGACAAUAAAGAAUUGUUUACAUUGUUAACACAGGGGUAAUAACUCUUGCAAGACUGGUCAAUAACCUUAUUAUUCCCA